AUGUCAGACGACGAGGACACCACGCGGUCACAGAAGCGCCAAAGGAAGGCCAAAGAGCCCAUCAAAAGGCAAACACUUGUGACGCCUGCAGGGCACGCAAAAUACGAUGCGACAGGCCCCCUCCUGCCCCCGACGCGCCUGACCUGGAUGCAAGUUGCAGUCAGUGUCUCGCUCUUGAUGUUCCUUAAGGUGCAGGAGGAACAACGCCGUGAGGCAUCGCAGGAGCGCCCAGCUGCUGCGGCCAAUGAGCCGAGGAGUGAACAUGGAUUCCACAGUACGACACCACACCAGCCGUUCCACCACCAGACACCUGUCAACCAGACACCUCUCAAUGCCCCCACCCACACCCCGUACUCGGUCCCCUCAGCCCCUUCGCAUCCCUCGAUCGCGUCCGCGGAAACCGCACCACGCUUCACAACCACCUACCCAGCGUACCCCCAUAACCCGGCCAACCCCCUGGACAAUACUCUUCCUCGUGGCCUGCUGUACAAGCUCAUCGACCUCCACUUUGAGUACAUUUACCCUCUCACACCGAUCUUGCAUCGGCCGUCAUUUUUGGCGGACCUCCGCUGCAGGAGAGAGGAGCAACCAGGCGAGGAAGAGUGGACUGCGAUGGUGCUGAGCGUCAUCGGCGUGACUGUCGCGCAGCUCCCAGCCCCGCUCGUGCCGAUGAGUAAGGAAGAGGCUAGGCACCUGGUGCACAUGUGCUAUUCGCAUGUGAAAGGGUGGCAGAUGAAGGAAGUGGAGACAUUCACCGUCACUCGCGGGAUCAUGCUGUACUUUGUCGUCCUCAUCGCUGCCCUCAUGGGCCACGAGCUCACCGCAACCUCAAUCAGAGGUAUACUGACAUCCAUCAUGGGCGCUAAGCGCUUCCAUGUCGAGUCUACCUAUACUGCUCUCCCGCCAUUCGAGCGCGAGCAAUGGAGGCGCUUAUUCUGGAUCACAUACAAUGGCGAUCGGACCAUCACUGUUCUGUAUGACCGACCACCAACCUUCGCCGAGGACGAGUGUGCAAUGUUGAACUUGCCCGUUGAACUUGACGACGAGUUUAUCACUCCCGAGGGCUACGUCGAGCCGCCGCCAGACCACGACCAUGUCAUCAGCGGGUUUGUCUAUACAUGCAAAGUCUUUAGAUUGCUCGGCGAGGUUCUUGAGAAACGCCGCCGUGAUCGUCGCAACCCCCCAAGACAAACGGCCUUGGGGUCCCGAUUGGUGGAGCUCGACGACCUGAAUGCCCAGGUCAACAGUCUGAUGGAACAUUGUCCGGCAUCAUUACGUCUGGAGAGUGAUGCACCAGAGCACUCCCUACUACACGCUCUGGACGGGCUCGGCGGCUCGGAUACCGGCAGCGACCUCCCAUUCCCGCUCACAUCCGGUGUACGCGAUGCCUACCUCGUCCAGCAGGCCAACAUCUAUGUCACCCAGCAAAUGACCCGCAUGGUGAUCCUUCAGCACCGAGAAGACCUGCAUGCCAACUUGCACGGCUUUGGUCCGCAGGCCGUCAGCCACCGUUCAACCCUGCUCGAGGACCGCGAGGAGGUGGUCGGCAGCGUCCUCGCCGUCCUGGAACGUAUACCGCUCCAUAUUGCUGCGGUGAACACGCGCUGGCUCGUUAGCAAGGUUCGGUAUGUUGCGUCAACCUUGCUCGACUCGGUGCAGGUCGAGAGGCCGCGGUCGCAAGAGUUCCUCUGGGACUAUCUGCGGAUCUUGGGUCAACUCGAGUCGCUGUACUCACCUGCGACUGCUGAAGCGAGGGUUUCUGAGGGUGGAAUGCUGUAG